AUGAGCGACCCUCGCGACCAUGAUCAGGCCGAGUCUGACGACGAGGAAGACUUCAACCCGGCACCCGCCGACCUCAGCGAUGACGAGAACCAGGACGGUAAUGACGCGAAUGGCCGGCCAGACCAGAAACCGCGAAAAGCAUCGCCCGCUCGCAAUGGGGGAGGCGGCAAUGGCGGUGACGAGGAUGAUGUAGAGGGCGAGGCAGUCGGUGAGAACGACGAGGAUGACGAGGACGAGGACGAGGAAGACGAAGAGGAUGAGGAGAUCCAAGGCCACCGUCGCAAACGUCGUCGCGACAGACGGAACGCGUUCUUUGAUAUCGAGGCCGAAGUCGACGACGAGGACGAAGCUGAGGAUGACGAAGAGGCAGCUGAGGAGAAUGAGGGGUUCAUUGAACACGAAGAACCAGGCGACUUCGGCGAACAGGGUCGACUAGAUGAUGACCGGAGACAUCGAGAACUCGAUCGACAACGCGACGCCAUUACCCAGGAAGACCUCGAGCGUGCCGCUGAGGGAUAUGUACGCAAGUAUGGAAACCGGCGGGCCGCGCGGGGCAUGGGUGAUUCCACCAUCGUCCCCCAGCGGCUGCUCCUACCUAGCGUCGACGACCCAGGUAUCUGGGGUGUUCGCUGCAAAGAAGGAAAGGAGCGCGAGGUUAUCCAGGCCAUUACGAAGAGGAUAGCCGAUAGGCGCAACACGAAAGAUCAGCUGUCCAUCACGGCGGCAUUCGAGCGAGGUGGCCCUAAUUCUAUCAUGAAGGGCCUUAUCUACGUGGAGGCUCCCCGACAGUCCGAUGUUCUGGUGGCACUCGAAGAUAUGAUGAACGUCUACCCUCGAUCUAAGCUUCUACUGGUCGACAUCAAGGAGCGGCCCGAUCUUAUGAGAGUUCAGAAGACGGCAACUCUCGAACCUGGCGCGUGGGUGCGGCUGCGAAGACCUCCCAAACACGCGGGAGAUCUUGCACAGGUAUUGGACAUCACGGAAAAUGGCCUCGACGCGAGGGUACGCUUCAUUCCUCGACUCGACUAUGGACUACGAGACGAGUCCCUCUCCGCGACUCCAGACGGGAAACGAAAGCGCCCCGUUGCCGGUCCACGCCCCCCACAGAGGCUGUUCAGCGAGGUCGAGGCCCGCAAACGACACCAUCGCACUCUCCAGUUCAGUGCCCAGACCGGCACUUGGAACUACAACGGCGACGAGUUCGAAAAAGGAUUUCAAGUCAAAGAUAUCAAGAUCCAGCAUCUUGUCGUCAGUGACGUGAACCCGACGCUCGAAGAAGUUACCAGGUUUGCGUCUGGGGGCGAAGACGGCGUGGAGAAUAUUGAUCUCAAGUCCCUCGCGGCCAGCCUCAAGGACAGCAAUGCCAACGUUACCUAUCUGCCUGGUGACGUGGUUGAGGUCUACGAAGGCGAGCAGAAGGGCGUGGUUGGCAAGGCCACCAACGUCCAGGCGGACAUCGUCACAAUAGAAGUCACGGAAGGCGGCCUCGUGGGCCAGACGAUCGAGGUGCCCACGAAGGGUUUGCGCAAGCGUUUCCGAACCGGCGACCACGUCAAGGUUAUUGGUGGCAGCCGUUACCGCGACGAAGUUGGUAUGGUUGUGAAUAUCUCUGAGGAUCGCGUCACCCUUGUGACGGACCAAACAAAUACCGAAAUUACCGUAUUCAGUAAGGACCUUAGAGAGGCCAGCGAUAUUGGCGGGCAAGGAUCCCUGGGGCAGUAUUCAUUGCUCGAUCUAGUCCAACUCGACCCCACGACCGUCGGCUGCAUUGUAAAGGUGGAUCGUGAGACGCUGGUAGUGCUAGAUCAGAACGGUGAUACUAGACAGGUUAUGCCAUCUCAGGUCGCCAACAAAUUACCAAAGAGAAAGCUUGCGGUGGCCGCUGACCGCAACGGCUCCGAAAUCAGGCCGGACGACGUGGUCAAGGAAUAUGGAGGCAUGGGUCGACAGGGCAAGAUCAUUCACAUCCACCGCACCUUCGUAUUCUGCCAUACCAACACGACGACGGAGAACGCUGGUAUUUUCGUGUCUAAGGUCAACAGCGUGUCCACCGUAUCCGCCAAAGGCGGUCGCGUCAACGCUGGAAAUUCGGGCCCCGAUCUCAAUGUGAUGAACCCUGCAAGGAAGUUGAAUCCGAGCGGAGGUAGGGCCGACAUGCCACCUCCGAAGGCGUCGUUCGGGCGCGACAAGUUGAUCGGACAGACCGUCACAAUCCGGAAAGGUGGAUUCAAGGGGCUCCUCGGUCGCGUCAAAGACACCACUGAUACCCAUGCCCGUGUGGAGUUGCACACAAAGUCCAAGGUAAUCAGUAUAGCUAAGAGCGAUCUCAUGGUUCGUGAUAGCGUUACUGGCCGCGAGAUCAAGAACUACGACAACCGUCGUACGGGCGGAUUCUUAGGAAGACCGCCUCAGGGCAACAACUCCGAGUGGAGCGGAGGCCGCACUCCUGCGACGGCAGCUUCAUCGCGAACCCCGUCUUGGAAGACCCCGUCGGCAGCCUCUCCAGGUGGACGGACUCCCGCAUGGAAUAAAGGUGGCGACGGCGGCCGAACGCCCGCCUGGGCAGAGGGUUCUCGCACCGUUAACCCCUACGAUGGUAGUCGAACUUCCUACGGCUCCGGAAGUCGCACGCCGGCCUGGUCUUCAGGUGCCAAGACGCCAGCGCCUGAUCAUUUCAGUCACGGGUCGAAAACUCCAGCUUACGGUGGCGGCGGAGGCGAUGCGUGGGGCUCAAAAACGCCCUACGGCGCCUCGGCGGCCACUCCGGGAGCAAGUGGCGGCGAUACUUGGGGCUACACUCCCGGUGCCAGCGGCUCGUCGAACGCAUACGACGCGCCAACUCCCGGCGCCAGCCUCUUAGGCGCUCCUACGCCAGGCGCUCUCAAUGCACCCACACCUGGCGCCUACAACGCACCCACACCCGGAGCCAUGAAUGCCCCUACUCCGGGAGGAGGCUGGCAGGGGGGUUGGGGGUCUGAUUCAGCGCCGACGCCCGCGGCCGCCGCUCCAACGCCAGCAGCCAGUGGGUUCGCCUCGUCCAGCGGAUAUUACGGGGCGCCGACGCCAGGUGCUUACAGCGCAGAAACGCCCGCCGCAGGUCCUAGGUACACGGACGACGACUAG